GUGCUGCUGAGGUUCCAGAGGCAAGCUUCCAGAGAGAGCCCGAGGUAUGUGGGGAGGCAGAGUUCGCGCUGGAUUCCGUUUCUGUGCUCCGGCACAAUAGAACUUCGUCUAGGACACAGCCUGAGCACGCUUGGCUUUUGUAACCAUUCCGGGGUUUCUCAUCCACGCCGACAACGGUCCAGGUGCUGGGAUGCCCGGAACAGUUGACCUUGGGAAGUAGACUUCCACAAUAGCUAUUAUCCCGACACAAUGGGGAAACAUCUGGGCAGAUGCUGGUUGGCCAUCGUCUGUGUCCUGCUGUUCAGCCAGCUGUCGGCGGUCAAGGCGAGAGGCAUAAAGCACAGAAUCAAGUGGAAUAGGAAGGCCUUGCCCAGUACCUCCCAGGUCACGGAGGCGCACGAGGCAGAGAUCCGCCCCGGGGCGUUCAUCAGGCAAGGCCGGAAGCUGGAUAUCGACCUGGGAGCUGAGGGCAACAGGUACUACGAGGCCAACUACUGGCAGUUCCCCGACGGGGUCCACUACAACGGCUGCUCGGAGGCCAACGUGACCAAGGAGAAGUUUGUGAGCGACUGCAUCAACGCCACGCUGUUGGCCAACCCGGAGGAGCUGUCCCGUGAGAAACAGGACAACAAGCUGUACCAGCGGGUCCUGUGGCGGCUGAUCAGGGAGCUCUGCUCAGUCAAGCACUGCGAUUUUUGGUUGGAGAGGGGCGCGGGACUUCGGGUCGGCGUCGACCUGCCCAUGCUGCUCUGCCUGCUGGUUUUCAUUUGGUUGAUCGUGAAAUAAGCUUGCAGGCGGGCCAGCGGCCACAGGGAUGAGAGGGUGAGCCGUGGGCUGGCGUGGCCCAGUUCUCCCCCAGGCCCCAGCCCCCCGCAUGUCCCAAAGGUACCAAAGAGCCGUGAUUCUCCAGUGCCUCAAGGAGCACUGGCAAGUCUCCCCUGGGGUACCUGACUGUAUCGGGUAAAUAAUGUGUGGGUACCAAGUCCGGCCCCACGCACUGCCUUCUCGCCUCCCCGGGAGGCAUCUGGCACGGUGCGUUCUGCAAUAAAUAAUGAACAAAUGUUCGGCGAACAGAGAAGAGAACAUGCCAGGGACCAGGCCACACGCUUCCCGGUAUCCCCAACCCCUCCUAGAGACAGGGGUUCUUCCCACUGUGUAGACAAGGAAACUGAGGCUCCAAGAGGUGAGGUGGCUAGAAAGUAGCCGAACCAGAAUGCAAUCCUGGCUUGUCCAACCCCAGAUCUUCCAUUCUGUGCAAUCCCAGAGCUGCCUUGUGAGUCCUUUACGGCUUGCCAGGCCCAAAUCCAAACCCAGAUUUCCGCCUGAGCUGAUGGCCAUGGAUCCUGAUACCUUGUUCCAGGCAGGUUGUAUUUAAUUCUUCUGAUGAAGCUAAGAUACAAUAAAGGGAGUAAACGAUCAUAGAGGUAAAGCGAGACAAAGGCCCAGAAAUCACGGCGUAAGGCGAUCUUGCCAGGCUGAACUCCCAGAGCAGACCAUUUCCACAGCAGGAUGUGUCUAGGGCACAAAGAUUUCUUUCACCAGAAGGAUAAGUGUUCGCUCUUCCUCUCUCUGAAAUAUCACCUGGAUUUGAGAAAAUAUUUUUAAAUGACACAUUUGCUUUGCAAUGUUCCCUUAGUGCUAUAGGGGCAUCUUUUUAUGUACAUGCACAUGAGAGUCUCUAACCAUACUCCCUUUACACGGGUCCGGUGGCCGAUCUCCAGCUGUUCUUUUAACCACCGUGUUGGGGUGGGGCUGUCAUUUCUGUGAACCACUUAUCACUAUAAAAGAAUAAUUCCGGGCGCCUGGGUGGCUCAGUUGGUUAAGCGACUGCCUUCGGCUCAGGUCAUGAUCCUGGAGUCCCAGGAUCG